UUUUGUUAUUGUGCAGCGGCGGAGAAAAGGCAGGCAGAAGCAAAUGUGGGCGCGCACCUGUUUUAGAUGAAUUACGGUAGAGCAAGAGACUAAACUGUCCCUAAGAUCUCCCAACACAGACACAACCCGAGUAAUCCAACACUGAUUUCACAUCGAAUGAGUAGAGGACAGACGAGAUGCCAGAAACUCGAGCAAGAAUCGUCGGGACUUCUGGAAAGCUUGCGUUCUAAAUAAUAAUAAGGAAAGUAAGAAAGAAGCCGGGGGGAAACCGCGAGGAAGAAGAAAUUAAACUGCGUUUUUAACUUCCAGAAGAGCGGUGACCAUGCAGCUCGUGAGCUAGUGCACGAUUAUUGUUUCGACUUAUCACUGAGUGAUCACUUUGUGAAAGGAAACAAAUAAUAAAAAAGGGAAAGGACUAAUAAAGACGAUUGCCGCUGAAAGUAAUGAUCCUGCACCAUCUGUCCUAGAUCAAGAUUGCUUGUUUUUUUUUUAAAAUUUUACGUUGCCUUUUAUUUUUACCCUUUUUUGGAUCGCCGGGACAAUUCCUGAAACCUGGAAGUGAAAAAUCCACAUGGUCCAGGCGUAGUGUGAAAGUUGAAAUCUCCAGAAUUGCAAAACAGGUGACACGUGAUGAUGGUAGAAUCGGCAACUGAGACAAUUCGAACAACCCCCUCCAAUCAGAAUGGAGUCAGCAGCCUGAGCAGCCAACCAGACAGUGGCGGUCGAGAAGGCGGGUCCAACGGGGACGCCACUGGCGAAGUGAAUCCUGUAGACUUGCUGCACCUCCAGCAACAGCAGGCUCUUCAGGCAGCACGGCAGUUCCUCCUUCAGCAGGCAACAGGCCUGAACAGUAACGAGAAUAAGCAGACCACCGUGCAGGUCCCAGUGUCUGUGGCCAUGAUGACGCCCCAGAUGAUCACCCCUCAACAGAUGCAGCAAAUCCUGUCUCCUCCGCAGCUCCAGGCUUUGGUUCAGCAACAGCAGGCGCUGAUGUUACAACAGCUGCAAGAAUACUACAAGAAGCAACAGGAGCAGCUGCAUCUCCAGCUCCUUACACACCAGCAGCAGCAGCAGCAGCAGCAGCAGCAGCAACAAACAGGCAAACAGGCCAAAGAGCAGCAGCUGGGGAAUAAACAGCUAGCGUUCCAGCAGCAGCUGAUCCAGAUGCAGCAGCUGCAGCAACAGCACCUCCUGAACCUGCAGAGGCAAGGCCUGGUGAGCCUGCAGCCCAGCCAGGGCGCCGUGCCUAUGCAGAGCCUGCAGCAAGCCAUGUGCCCUGCAGACCUCCAGCAGCUCUGGAAAGAUGUAGCCGGCAUGCAGAACCAAGACGACAACAUGAAGCACGAAGGUCUAGACCUGACAACCAACAGUUCCAACUCUACCUCUUACUCGGCUGCCAAGGCCUCACCUCAAAUAACCCAUCACUCUUUGCCAAAUGGACAGAACUCUGUUCACACUCCAAAGAGAGAGAGAGCAAGAGUCUUUGACUGGAUCUCCUCCUUCAUGAAGGCUGAACCUGCAGACGAGUACCGAACGCCACACUUGAAAAGCGGUUACCAACAAAACACUCACUCUGCCCAUGAGGAGCACACAGGCUCUCACCCUCUCUACGGACAUGGGGAGUGCAAGUGGCCAGGCUGUGAAGCUCUGUGUGAGGACAUGGGACAGUUUAUAAAGCACCUCAACAACGAACAUGCACUAGAUGAUCGGAGUACUGCACAGUGCCGGGUUCAAAUGCAAGUGGUUCAACAGCUAGAGAUACAGUUAUCCAAGGAGAGCGAGCGUCUGCAAGCAAUGAUGACACAUCUGCAUAUGAGGCCAUCGGAGCCAAAGCCUUUCAACCAGCCCCUCAAUCUGGCAGCCAGUGCCUCUCUUUUGAAGAGAGAGGGGGACACUUUCCCAGAAGGUUUACCUCACCCCCCCACCUCUGCCACGGCCCCCAUCACCCCCCUGCGCCAGGGGCCCUCCGUCAUCAGCUCCUCCAGCCUGCACAGUGUGGGGGGGGCCAUCCGCCGGAGGAACUCUGAUAAGUUCUGCACCCCCAUCGCCUCGGGUAAGGGCCAUGGAGGCUACUGCAGUUUACAGCUCCAGUUAGCAAUGGAGCUUGCACAGAAUCAGGAAUUCUACAAAAAUGCUGAUGUCAGACCUCCCUUUACCUACGCCUCGCUCAUACGACAUGCUAUAUUGGAAGCCCCAGAUAGGCAGUUAACCCUGAAUGAAAUUUACAACUGGUUUACACGAAUGUUCGCCUAUUUCAGGAGAAACACAGCAACAUGGAAGAAUGCAGUACGCCAUAACCUGAGCCUACACAAGUGCUUUGUCCGAGUGGAGAAUGUGAAGGGGGCUGUGUGGACAGUGGAUGAAGUUGAAUACCAAAAGAGGAGACCACCAAAGAUGACCGGAAGCCCAACUUUAGUAAAGAAUAUGAUUUCAGGACUUGGCUAUGGAUCGCUUAACGCAAGCUAUCAGGCGGCCCUGGCAGAGAGCAGCCUGCCCCUUCUCAACAGCCCCACCCUGUUGAACACGUCGACUGGCAGCAGCAUGAACAUGCUCCACGUGGGUCACGAUGACGUCAGCAGCACCGUGGAGCAGAUCCACAGCAACGGCAGCAGCAGCCCGGGGCUUUCCCCCCAGCAGUACGGGCAUCAAAUUCACGUCAAGGAAGAGCCCGCUGAGUUACUAGAGGAAGACAACAGGCCUGUGUCACUCAUGGCAACAAUGAACCAGAACCUGCCGUUGCCUGGCGACGAGCGAGAUUUGGAGGAGGAGCUGCCAGCGGUGGAGGAGCUGGAGUAGAAGCGCGUAUUCUCCAGCACUGCUUUCUCUACGACUUGUAAAGUAAAAACAAAACAAACAAACAGGGUCAGGCCUCACAUCUGCUCACAAACUUUUUAGCCACAGCACUGGGGUGCUUCAGAUCACCACUCAAGGCCCAUAGGCUCACCAGAAAGUCUUUCUAUAUAGAUACAUAUAUAUAUUUCUUUUGGUUAGUUUAUCUUCUCCUCUUCUGCUCAAAUUUUGUUGUUGAAGUCCGGUGACCGAAAUCUGGAUUGGAUGCUUCCUUAACCACAAAGAAAGGUAGUGUCCCUCUUCACUGCUUCUUCGGAUCAACUGCUAUACAAUGUGAAGUGACACAUAUUGGUGCUUUAGGCAUCUUGAGAAGAAGGGGGGUGGGGAUCCACUUGGAGGUACCUCUCUUACUAUACCUUAUCAGUAUGGAUACCAGUGUUUUCUGAUUUAAUCACAUUGCUUUCUUUUCUGAAAUAUACAUUUGUUGGGGGGGUGGGGGGAGGGGGGGUGUGAAAAUUACCUCAAAAAAUGAAUCCAUUGAAUGGACCCACAGUGACUAACGGACGGCUGAUUGACUCCUGAAGACCAGUCCCCUUGAUGUUCCCCGUGUUUGAAAAACACCUAGAAAGGUACCUACCCCCUUCUCGAACACAUUGGUUCUACACCGUUGGCCAACAGGCUGCAUUAAGGAGAACUGAAGAAAAAAAAAAAUCUGUUUGGCCUCUUUUUCAGGUGUGGGUGGUGGCGGUGGUGGUGUUGGUAGUUAUUUCCAAUGUUUUUAGAUCAAGGCACAAAAUGAUAUGCAGGCAACAACAUUAUAGCAUUAAAAUUCGUUAUGAACAGACAAAAUUGGGUCCUCUGAAUUUGUUUGGGUACUCUACUCAGCUGUACCAGACAACUCCAAAUAUUUUUGUUUUUAAAUUUGGUUUGUAUUAUUAUUAUUAUUAUUUUUUUAAUUGGGGAUUCCUCAGGAAAAUCAAGGGACCAGGCCCUCCAAUCUGAGACGAGAGCUUUGUGGUCUCUGAAAAUCAAAUGAAGGUCUUGCUUUAAUGUUCUUCAGUGUCCUAUCCUCUAACGCUGUAAUCCAAGUAGCAAAUGCCAGUGACACAGUGUAGUUUUAAAUACUGUCAUUUCCACAGGGGUGACUGCACAGUAGCAGUUAUUUCUAAGGAUCAGAAACUUAAGGAUGACAUUUUACAGUUGCUACACUAGAUGUCUCAAGUUAACAAGUAUUGUUUUCAAAACACUUUUUUUAGCACAUUUUUUUUCAGCCCUUCUGUCUCCUUCUAACUUUUUUUUUUAGUAUUUAUUUAUAUUUUUUUUUGUACAAAAUAGCACUUCCCAAAGGGAUCGGAAAUAUAUUUUCAAAAUAUGGUGUUUAUGGUUCAUACUUUUUUUUUUUUUUUUUUAAAUAUAUGGCUUCACAAUACAGACGGUGAGCCUGUAUUUAAUAAAUGAACACAUGUUUAAAUAUGUUUAACAUAUACCGUAUGUUAUGAUUUAUUUUCAAAUAUUUGUAUGUAAUAUAUUGAAAAUAUAUUUUCUUUCUGUAAGGGUUAGCACAUAGAGAUAUGUAAGAUAAACUCUGUAUAGUGAGACUUGGUUUUCCAUCAGGCCAGUGUACUGUAACCGGGUACUAAAGGCACUCUGUACAGUCAUUAAACGAUCCAUCCCAAGUUCCA